AUGAGCCCUCAGGAGCACGAAGAAUUGCGCAAACAAAUAGAAGCUUUACUCGCAAAGGGACAUAUCAGAGAGAGCCUCAGUCCCUGCGCAGUUCCAGCUUUACUCAUCCCUAAGAAAGAUGGGUCCUGGCGCAUGUGCGUUGACAGCAGAGCAGUCAACAAGAUCACAAUACGCUAUACAUUUCCUAUCCGACGACUGGAUGAUUUGUUGGAUCAGAUCGACUCGGCUAAAGUGUUCUCUAAGCUCGACUUGAAGAGUGGCUACCAUCAGAUUCGUAUACGGCCGGGUGAUGAGUGGAAAACAGUCUUCAAGACGCGCGAAGGGUUAUUUGAGUGGCUUGUCAUGCCAUUUGGACUCUCUAACGCGCCUAGUACAUUCAUGUGA